AUGGCUGAUGAUCAAGCCAACCUUACUACAACAGUGGCCAUUCCUCUCAAGGAAGUCGGCGCCGCUCUAGAAGGCAUCGCGAUGAUCCAGACCACAUGGUCGAAAAUCUUGGAGGAUACAAGAUCCGGAUUCCCCCUUUCCAUGGCAACAACAAUCCUGAUGAGUACAUGGACUGGGAGAAGAAGUGUGAGUUCAACUUCAACUUACACAACAUAUCCAACAUCAACAGAGUCAAAGCUGGCGGUCUCUGAGUUCAAUGACUAUGCCCUAAGGUGGUGGGAACAAGUCGUGACCGCAAGAGAGAUUGGUGGAGCUCUUGAGGUCUCUACCUGGGAAGAGAUGAAAAGGAUCAUGAGGCAGAGGUUCAUCCUAGCUAUUAUCAGAGAGAGCUACAUUCUAAGCUCAGGAGGCUCACUCAAGGGUCCAAAACAGUUGAAGAAUACUUCCAGGAGAUGGAAAGACUCCAAACCGGCUUUCACACCAAAGUCAGAGCCAGAGGAGUUCCUUACAACCAAGACAAGGACAAGAACAAGUCCAGUACAACUCUGCCCCAGAGCCCGCGAGCUUAAGUGCUUCAGAUGUCAAGGCUUUGGACACUAUGCCAAUGAAUGCCGCAACAAGAAGAUCAUGUUCAUAAGAGAUAAUGGAGAAGUGGAGUCUGAGGAAGAAGUCUCAGCAAGCCAGAGCAAGAGCCAGAGCCAGAGGAGUAUGAGCUGUGCCUGUCAUGGGAAAGCUUCUGGUAGCCAGAAGACUCUUGAGCGCUCAAGUCCAAACACACAAGGAAGAGCAAAGAGAAAACCUAUUCCAUUCGCUGUCUUGUCCAGGAGAAGGUUUGCAGCUUAA